GUAAUUUCUGCGGAAAGUCGGCCAUUUUUGUGGUAAUUUUCGCAACGAUGUGAUUGAAGAAGUCUAGAAAAACCGGUGUAUUUCAUGUUGAAGGGCCGAGUACUAAGUUUAAUCAUUAGAACUGAAUCAUAAUCCAUGAAAUAAAUGUAAUAUUGAAUAGUAGAACUCAUAGAAUUGGUACAGUCACAUGGUCAAAGCGUCACUUUCAGCAGCCGGGGAAACAAAACAUGAGAGAUCUGAGCCACGAAAAACGUGUUCACUGUGGCUACACGAGGCUGUAACUUUUUCAUUAGAACAUUUCUAUCUAAGUCAAAUAGUUUUCUAUUUGACAAAACACACAAGAAGGCACAUUGUGAGGUCAUUAAGAGAUUCAAUUACAUUGUCAGAAAAUUCUGCACACACCGUCCUAUGAAAAUGCCAGCUCCCAGCAGAGCUCGAGUUUAUGCGGAUGUGAACAAAAACAGACCAAGAGAAUAUUGGGACUAUGAGUCACAUGUUGUAGAAUGGGGGCAACAAGAUGACUACCAGAUAGUGAGGAAGCUGGGAAGAGGAAAGUACAGUGAGGUGUUUGAGGCAAUCAAUGUUACAAAUAAUGAAAAAUGUGUCAUCAAAAUUCUCAAACCUGUGAAGAAGAAGAAGAUCAAAAGAGAGAUUAAAAUAUUAGAGAAUCUACGAGGUGGAACAAAUGUUAUAGCACUGCUAGCAAUAGUCAAAGACCCUGUGUCAAGAACACCAGCUUUAGUGUUUGAACAUAUAAACAACACAGAUUUUAAGCAAUUGUAUCAGACCUUUACAGAUUAUGAUAUCAGAUUUUACCUAUAUGAACUCUUAAAGGUGAGUAAAAUAUAUGAGUGUUGUUGUUAUUUUGGGAUUUGGUGUACCAUUUUGGGAGCAUUUUAUUUCUCAAAGUUAUUUCUAGUUUCUCAUGUCAGAGAAGAGACACUACAAAAGAAGUUCAGGAGCGGAGAAAAAACUCGAGACUCUGAAGCUUAUAUGGACGCUUUGGGAGUAUAUUGGGAACAUUUGUUGAGGAAACCUUUUCGAAGGCAGAACAAUUAA